CCCUGUGCUGUGCCUGCAGGCUGGACUGGCAGCUCUAGGCAGCAUGGAGGGGCCCCAGAGCUCCACCCAUGUCUCCUUCGUGCUGCUGCUGCUUCUGUUGUUACUGCUGGGCCCAGCUUGGCCAGCAGCUGCCCAGCGCUGCCCACACACCUGCAUCUGUGACAACUCCAGGCAUCAUGUUGCCUGCCGCCACCAGAAUCUCACUGAGGUGCCAAACGCCAUCCCUGAGCUGACGCAGCGGCUAGACCUCCAGGGCAACGUGCUGAGGGUGCUCCCACCAGCUGCCUUCCAGGCCCUGCCCCACCUCACACACCUGGACCUGCGGCACUGUCAGGUGGAGCUGGUAGCCGAGGGCGCCUUCCGUGGCCUGGGACGCCUGCUCCUCCUCAACCUGGCGUCCAACCGCCUGCGCGAGCUGCCCCAGGAGGCGCUGGCCGGGCUGGGCUCGCUGCGGCGGCUGGAGCUCGAGCGGAACUUGCUGGAGGAACUGCGGCCAGGGGCAUUCGGGGCGCUCGGCGCCCUGGCCACGCUGAACUUGGCCCACAACGCCCUGGUCUACCUGCCCACCAUGGCCUUCCAGGGGCUGCUGCGCACCCGCUGGCUGCGGCUGUCUCACAACGCGCUCAGCGUGCUGGCCCCUGAGGCCCUGGCCGGCCUGCCCGCCCUGCGCCGGCUCAGCCUGCAGCACAACGAGCUCCAGGCCCUGCCCGGGCCGGCCCUGUCCCAGGCCCGCGGCCUGGCCCGUCUGGAGCUGGGCCACAACCCGCUCACCUACGUGGGCGAGGAGGACGGGCUGGCGCUUCCCGGGCUGCGGGAGCUGCUGCUGGACCACGGGGCCCUGCAGGCGCUGGGUCCCAGGGCCUUCGCCCGCUGCCCGCGUCUGCACACCUUGGACCUCCGAGGGAACCAGUUGGAGACGCUGCCCCCGCUGCAGGUCCCGGGCCAGCUGCGCCGGCUGCGGCUGCAGGGGAACCCGCUGUGGUGCGGCUGCCGGGCGCGGCCGCUGCUCGAGUGGCUGGCGCGAGCGCGCGUGCGCUCGGACGGCACGUGCAGGGGCCCGCAGCGCCUGCGAGGCGAGGCCCUGGACGCCCUGCGGCCCUCAGACCUGCGCUGCCCCGGGGACCCGGCGGCGGCGGAGGAGGAGGAGGAGCUGGCUGCGGUCCGGCCCCGCGCCCCUCCGCGCGCCCCGGACGAGGAGGACGGCACCGCAGGUCCCUGCCCUCGCGCCUGCGCCUGCGCCCCUGAGUCCAGGCACAGCAGCUGCGAGGGCCGCGGGCUGCAGGUGGUGCCCCGCGGCUUCCCCAACAACACUGAGCUCCUGGACCUGAGGCGGAACCACUUCCCCUCGGUGCCCCGAGCGGCCUUCACAGGCCUGGGUCACCUGGUGUCGCUGCACCUCCAACACUGCAGCAUCUUGGAUCUGGAAGCAGGCGCCUUGGCGGGGCUGGGCCACCUGGUCUACCUCUACCUCUCCGACAACCAGCUUUCAGGUCUUAGUGCUGCGGCCCUCAAAGGGGCCCCACGCCUUGGCUACCUGUACCUGGAGCGCAACCGCUUCCGGCAGGUGCCAGGGGCCGCACUGGGCGCCCUGCCCAGCCUUUUCUCCCUGCACCUGCAGGACAACUCUGUGGACCGCCUGGCACCUGGGGACCUAGUGGGGACACAGGUCUUGCGCUGGCUCUACCUGAGUGGAAAUCGUAUCACUCAAGUGUCCCCAGGGGCGCUGGGCCCAGCUCAAGAGCUGGAGAAGUUGCACCUUGACAGGAACCAGCUGCGAGAGGUGCCCACUGGGGCCUUGGAGGGGCUGCCUGCUCUCCUAGAGCUGGAACUGUCAGGGAACCCACUCAGAACCCUGAGAGAUGGAGCCUUCUGGCCCGUGGGCAGGUCACUGCAGCAUCUCUUCCUGAACAGCAGUGGCCUGGAGCAGAUUUCUUCUAGGGCCUUCUCAGGCCUGGGCCUGGGGCUUCAGAGCCUGUACCUGCAAAAGAACCAGCUUCGAGCCCUGCCCGCCCUGCCUGAUCUCAGCCGGCUUGAGCUCAUCGACCUCAGUGGCAAUCCCUUCCACUGUAACUGCCAGCUGCUCCCACUGCACAGGUGGCUCGCUGGGCUGAACCUACAGGUGGGAGCCACCUGCGCCACCCCUCCCACUGCCUGGGGCCAGAAAGUGAAGGCUGCAGCUGCUGUCUUUGAAGCCUGCCCAGGCUGGGCUGCCAGGAAGGCCAAGCGGACACCAGCCUCCAGGCCCAGCUCCAGGAGAUCCUCCAUCAAGGGUCAGCAGGGAUCAGAUAAGGUCAGGAAGAAGAGGGGCCGCCUCUGAGCAUAAAGCAGGCUGGUCCUGCCUCAACCCAGCCCGGUGGCUCUUACUCUCGUCUGAAAUGGGCUCUGAGAUCUUCCCCGCAGCCUGCAGGUCAUCCUCCAGUAGGGGCUUCUUGGACCCCUGUCUGAGGGGCCUCGCCUUGGUCGGAGGGAUUCUUUUCCCUUUGAAUAAAAGUGGAUUCAAACCGAG